GUCCAGAUAGUGUAAUUCAUUGUUACGAACCUGCUAGACCUAUUUAAGUCUUUUGUGAUAUAUUUAAUGAUUUAUAUAAAAUUCAAAGUGUUAGGUAUAAGUAAAAUGGAAGAGUGAAAUUAUGUGGAGAUAAUAUUUGAAAGGUGUGUUGUGGUGUUAGAGGUAAACAAAGGAAGUAUGACAAUGUUAAAGUAUUGAAAAUAUGUUAUUGACUUGGUGACAGUAAAUCUUUCGAUUCACAUUUGCUAAGAAACAGUAACUGAAUAGAAAUUACGACUGUUUAUGAAUUACAAAUAAUCCAGUGUUUGUAUUUAUUCGUUCAUAAACAAAUUGAUAAUAUAAAAGUGCGUAUGAAAGAAAUAAGUUAUUGUAAAUAAUGAAGUUUGAUACCAAAGCAAAGCAGUAGUGUGAACAGUAAUCGAUUUAGGCAAAAGUAAUCUAGAAAUUAAAAACACAAUGGAUAGAAUAUACAUGAACAUUGAGCCAGAACGCAGAGGCAGUCGAAAUCGCGGAUUAGAAAGAUCACUAAGUUAUUCUGCUGCCAUUGGCAACGGAUCAGGUAGAUCAUCAAUAGAAAUACCAUCCAUAGUCAACACUGACGUCUAUACUAACGAAGAACUGAAAAAGCAUUAUAGAAUAUCUCAGACUUAUGUCGAAGGACGCGAAAUUUCUUUUCCUACUGUUACAGCGAAUGAAAGACACGAAACUUAUCCGUCAAGUGGUGAUGGACUAACAACGGACGCAUCACAGUAUUCCAGUGAAGAUGAACACACCGAUACAGGUCUAACUUUGACUAUAGAUGUGGAGAAUGAUAGUCCUAAAUCAGAGUCGACGAGACAUAUUUCAAACGCGUCGACUCAACCGAUGGUUAGUUCUAGUGCUCCAAUAGAGUUAUAUGACAGAAUUGAUGUAAUAGAGAGUUUGUAUGACGAGCUUGAGACGUUGAGAAGUGCUGUGGGAUAUUCGACGCCGUAUUCUAGGAGACGGAAGAAGGGUACAAAACAUAGACGGGCAGUCCAACAUGGCCGCAGGAUCAGGUCCCGGCGAGUGGUCCUCAAGAACGGUGAGGAAAAUGUUCCAGUCAGGAGCAACAUACCCUCGAAGUCCAUCAAGUACAUGAGAGACAUCGUCAACACUGUCAUCAACAGCAAAUGGCGCUUCCUCAUCCUGGGCAUGAUCGUCAGCCAUUUUGUUUUCUGGUUGUUUUUCGCCGGCAUCUGGUACGCCGUGUCGACUUCCUACGCGGAUGACAUUGGAGACGGCAAGGAGCAUUGCAUUACAGGCACUUCUUCUUUUGCAGGACUCCUCAUGAUGUCUGUGGAGACACAGAUGACGAUCGGCUACGGUGUCCGAUAUCCCAACGAAGAAUGCCCUGAAGCUAUCAUCAUCAUGGUAUUGGAGAUCGUAGCCGGCACAGCCCUCUCUGGAGGCCUGUCCAGUCUUCUGUUCACGAAGCUGGUCCGGCCGAACCGUCACGUCUCAUCUGUGGGCUUCAGUAGGAGAGCUGCUAUCUGUCUUCGAGAUGGUGAACUCUGUCUCCAGUUCCGGGUGUGGGACCUCCUGAACCACCACCUCAUCGCCAGCACCAUCACAGCCUACAUUCUAAAACCUAUUCGGACAUUAGAAGGCGAGCUGGUAUACAACUACAUUCAAUCCUUGAAGUUGAAGCAAGCCAAUGCGUUCCUGCUCUGGCCAAUCACAGUUGUCCACGUCAUUAACGCCGAGAGCCCCUUAUAUGAGUUCUCCGCUCAGGAUAUGAUGGAUUACAGAUUCGAGAUAGUUGUCUGUCUCACUGGCUCCUCCAAGAACAUGGGAACGGUGACACAGAGCAGAACCUCGUACCUCUCUAAGGAGAUCAUGUGGGGUUACCGGUUCAAGAAUGUCUUACAUUACUCCAAAAAAGAAGAAUCCUAUGAGAUUGACGCAGAGAAUCUGAAUUCAGUGGAACAAGUUGAGACACCACUGUGUAGUGCCAGUCGGCUCAAGAUCUUCGAGGAGGACAUCAAAAGUUCUAGAAACAUUCUGUCUACCCCAACUAAUGUCUCUGUUUCGCCAACUAAUAUAUCCAGUCAGGACUCGAUCCAGCUAGGAGAGUCUCUCCCCUCAUCACAGAUGGGAGACUCUCUGCCAUCGUCUCCCAGCCUGAACAGGAUCGCCGGGACACAGAGGAGCUUCGGUUGGAGCUUCAAGAGGUUCCGGCCUGAGAGCUAUUUCGGGAACCAGAAAGCUUCUUAGGGGAAACUUUAAUUGUGUUGUCUUAUGUUUAUGCGUUCCGCUAUUUUACCACCACAUAAAGUUCAAUGGAUGACCUAAA